GCCUCUCUGAUCCUGGGAGCAGUGCUUAUGGGAGCUCCUCAGACCAGCGUGAGCACUGCUGGUCUCCAGUUGCCUUCCCAGCUCUGCAAGUGGAGGACGAGUGGUGGAGGAAGAGGAGGAAGGGGAGGGGGAGUAUCUGUCCUUGUGCCCUAGGCGGGAGAAAGGAAAGAGAGGAGAGGAAAGGGUAAAUUGAGAUAGAGAAAGUAAGAAGUGGGCAUGUGAGAGAUGCAGAGUGAAAUAAGAAAGGAAAAAAUGAGAGAGAAAGACAAGAGAGGAUGGGGCAGGAGAGAAAAAUAGAAAAAAGCCAGGAGUAAAGAGAGAGCAAGAGCAGGGUGGCACAGGCAGAAGAGCAAAUGAGUGAGCGAAUAGGAGACGGAGAGAGAGAGUGAGCGCGAGCAAGCAAGCAAGAGGGAGGGAGGCGAACAACACUGCAGACACUCGCCCACUGUCACUGCUCCACAGCCAGAGGACAGAGGCAGCAACGGCAACAGUGGGAGCGGAAACGAUGGAGGAGGAAGACUGUACCAUCCAUCUGCAGCUCAGCCCCCGACACUGACAGCCUCCCUCCGGGACCAUCCUGCCAAGUUGGGAGCAAAACGAAAAAAAGGAGAAAACAACUCUCUCUGUCCUUCACAAGACCACAAGUACUGGACCUCAACUCCUGCAGGACUGAUAACACACUACACACACACACCUCAUUAUUUCUUCCCUCUCUUACACUGCCAUACACUUACUCACACCCUCACUCACAGCACACUUCACUUCUCGUUGCCUUUUGGACUAGUGUGUUUUUUGUUGUUGCUGUUUUUUUUCUUCACCGCCUUCUCUGACCUUCUGAGCUGAGUGGAUUUACUUUUAUCCUGUGUCGGACCAUGGGGCUGGGGUGGUGGGGUGCAGCAGGGACCCUCCGAAAAAGGACAGAGGGGAGCUGGUACCUUUUGGUGACAUUGCUGCUGUUCUGUGGUUUCUGGAAGGCUCACACACAGACAGAUGAUGGGAAGUCUGUCUACUUCUGGGAAACAGGUCCAUGGGGAAGGUGCAUGGGCAGUGACUGUGGCCCCGGUGGCAGCCAAAGCCGGGCAGUCUGGUGUGCCCAUGUGGACGGCUGGACAACGCUUCACACCAACUGUGACCAGGUCCAGCGUCCGUCCAACCAGAGAAACUGUUUCCGUGUGUGUGACUGGCACAAGGACCUUUAUGACUGGAGGCUGGGUGCCUGGAACGAGUGUGUGCCAGUGUCGGCAAGGACCUUUGGGGCCCCACGGCCGUUCACAUGCAGUGGGGGCGAAGAGGGCAUUCAGACCCGGGAAGUGGGCUGCAUACUCAAGUCAGACGGCUCUCCAGCAGAGGAUGCCAUCUGUGAGUACUUUGAGCCCAAACCUCGCCUGGAGCAGGCAUGUUUGAUCCCUUGCCCCCAGGAUUGUGUGGUUUCCGAGUAUUCGCCAUGGACCUCCUGCUCCAAAACGUGUGGAACAGGCCUCAGGAACAGGGUCCGCAGUGUCCUGGUUCCUCCACUUUUUGGAGGCGCUGUCUGCCCCAACCUAACUGAGUUCCAGUCCUGUAAACCGGGGCCUUGCACAGGUCCAGAGGGCAUGUACAGUCUCAGGGUUGGAGCGUGGAGCCCUUGCAUCCUCCCGCAGACUCGGACAGCGAGACAAGCCAAACGCAGAAAAGGUAAAGGCCAAGGGCUCAGGGAGCGAGCAGGAGCCAAAGAUCCAGAGACCAGGGAGCUAAUCCAGAAGAAACGAACAAGGAACCGCCUUAACCGGCAAGAGAGUCCGUUCUGGGACAUCCAGGUCGGCUACCAGACUCGGAACGUGACCUGCAUACAUAGGAAUGGCAGCGCUGUAGGACGCAACCUCUGCACACCCAGGGACCUGCCACUGACUGUCCAGUCCUGCGUCCUUCCCAAGGACUGCCAGGUGACCGACUGGGCCGAGUGGGGCCCGUGCUCCAAAACCUGCGUGGACCCCGAGUCCCCCAGAGGAAAUCGGACUCGGAGCAGACAAGUGCUCCAGUUCCCUGUGGGUGAGGGGGCGGAGUGCCCGCUGCUGGAGGAGUCUGAGUCUUGCGAACCUCAGGGGGACGGUGUGCCGCCCUGCGCCACUUAUACCUGGAGAACCACAGAGUGGAGUGACUGCCGGGUUGACUUGUUGCUAAGCCAACAGGACCGUCGACGUAGCAACCUGACGGGGCUUUGUGGGGGAGGCCUGCAGACCAGAGAACUGUACUGUGUCCAAGCCAAUGCUGAGCUUCUAAAAUACCUCAACGACCUCCGAGAAAAAGACAAAGCGGGUCAGACCCAAAGACAGCAGAAGCCUAGUGUCCCCCCUCUCCUCUCCAUCACCUUCCAGAUUACAGCCUCCCGCCCAGUGGAAAACAAGCUGUGCGAGGGGCCGAUCCCAAACCGGUCUCAGCUGUGCCAAAUCCCCUGUCCCACUGACUGUGAGGUGUCGCCGUGGGGCGCCUGGGGGCCAUGCACCUUUGAAAACUGUGAGGAUCAGGCGGGAAAGAAAGGUUUUAAACUGAGGAAACGACAAAUCACCAAUGAACCAACAGGAGGCCCUGGAAACUGCCCGCACCUGGUGGAGGCGGUGCCGUGUGACGAGCCCAGUUGUUACGACUGGCAACUGGUCAGCCUGGAUCGGUGUAUUCCAGACGAAGAGAAGCCAUGUGGUCCCGGCACUCAGCUCGCACAGGUCCAGUGUGUCAACAGCAAUGGAGAGGAGGUGGACAGAAACCUCUGCUCGUCUUCCCCACCUCCUGAGCCCGUGCCCUGCGAGGUGCCUUGUGCAAGGGACUGCGUCCUCAGCGACUGGACCCCCUGGUCCACUUGCUCUCAGACCUGCUCCAGUAAGACCAUUGAGGGGAAGCAGAUGAGGACCCGCUCCAUUCUGGCUUACAACGCCGGGGAAGGUGGUGCCCUGUGCCCCAACAGCAGUGCCCUUCAAGAGGUGCGGAACUGCAACGAACAUGCCUGUACAGUUUACCACUGGCAGACCGGACCCUGGGGCCCUUGUACCGAAGACCCGUCUUCUUCAUCCCUCAACACCUCCACGACUGUCCGAGCCGGCAGCGACGGUCAGGGUCCCUGCUCCAUGGGAAUGCAGACUCGCAAGGUCAUCUGCGUCCGGGUCAAUGUGGGACAGGUGCCUCCCAAGAAGUGUCCAGACGGCCCUCGCCCCAGCACGGUGCGACCAUGUCAGCUGCCCUGCAAGAAGGACUGUAUUGUGACGCCAUUCAGCAACUGGACACUGUGUCCUGUUACUUGUGAUACAGCUGGUAAUGCAGUGAAGAGAAAGCAAUCGAGGAAACGUCUUAUCAUCCAGCUGCCGUCAAAUGGAGGACAGGAAUGUCCGGAGGUGCUGGAGGAGGAGAGGGACUGUGAGGUCCCCAAAGUCUGCCCAGGUUUCAGGUGGAAAACCCACAAAUGGAGGAAGUGCCAGCUGGUCCCGUGGUUUCUCAGACAGGACAGUCCCGGCGCUCAAGAGACUUGUGGACUAGGACUUCAGACAAGAGCUGUGUCCUGUCGCCAGCUGGACGGGACACAGGCCGACAUCAGUGAGUGUCUGAAAUUCGCCAAGGCCAUGCCUGCCAUCACUCAGCGCUGUCAGCUCCCCUGCCAGGAUGACUGCCAGCUGACCAACUGGUCCAAGUUCUCGUCCUGCACAGCUGACUGUGUGGGGGUCCGCACCAGAAAGAGAGCAUUGAUAGGGAGGAGCAAGAAAAAGGACAAGUGCAAGAACACGCAAAUGUAUCCCCUGAGUGAGACCCAGUACUGCCCCUGUGACAAGUACAACGCCCAGCCGGUGGGCAACUGGUCAGACUGCAUCCUGCCUGAGGGAGGCAGAGUGGAGAGCAUCCUGGGAAUGAAGGUCCAGGGAGACAUCAAGGAAUGUGGACAGGGCUACCGCUAUCAGGCCAUGGUGUGUUACGACCAGGACAACAGGCUGGUAGAGACCUCACGCUGCAACAGUCAUGGUUAUAUUGAGGAGGCGUGCAUCAUCCCCUGUCCUUCAGACUGUAAACUAAGUGAAUGGUCCAACUGGUCACGCUGCAGCAAGUCCUGCGGCAGCGGGGUCAAAGUUCGCUCCAAAUGGCUCAGAGAGAAACCUUACAACGGUGGCCGGCCUUGUCCCAAACUGGACCACAUCAACCAGGCCCAGGUAUAUGAGGUGGUGCCCUGCCAGAGCGACUGUAAUCAGUAUGUGUGGGUGGCUGAGCCAUGGAGCGUGUGGAAAGUCAGCAAUGUGGACCUGAAAGAAAACUGUGGCAAAGGAGUCCAGACAAGAAAAGUCCGGUGCAUGCUCAACACCAUAGACGGCCCCUCGGAGGCCGUGGAGGACUACCUGUGUGACCCAGAGGAGAUGCCCCUGGGGGCCAGGGAGAGCCGACUUCCCUGCCCAGAGGACUGCGUUCUCAAUGACUGGGGCCCCUGGAGCCGCUGCAGCCUGCCCUGCACCAGAACCAACAGUCGAGUGCGGACGGCGUACACCCUCCGAUCGCCCAGUGUGGGGAGGCAGUGUCCAGACACGAAUGAUAAGGAGCCCUGUAGCCUGAACCUCAACUGCUUCAACUACUUCUACAACAUCACAGACUGGAGCACGUGUCAGCUGAGUCCUAACGCCGUCUGUGGGAGCGGCAUCAAGACCCGGAUGCUCGACUGCGUUCGCAGCGACGGAAAAUCGGUCGAUAUAAAAUUCUGCGAGGAGCUGAACUUGGAGAAGAAGUGGCAGAUGAACAUCUCCUGCGUGGUCGAGUGUCCCGUCAACUGUCAGCUGUCAGAGUGGUCGGCCUGGUCAGAGUGUUCACAGACCUGUGGACUAGAGGGUAAGAUGUGGCGGAGGCGCUCGGUGGUUCAGCCCUCUCAGGGCGACGGCCGGCCCUGCCCCUCUCAGAUGGAGCAGUGGAAGCCCUGCCCCGUCCGACCCUGCUACCGCUGGCAGUACAGCUCCUGGUCCGAGUGUCGGGUGGAGAGUGUGGUGUGUGGACACGGCAUGCGCUACAGAAACCUGUCCUGCUUCGUGUCGGACGGCUCCAGUGACGGCGAGGGAAGCCUGGUGGACGAGGAGCUGUGCAGCAGCCUGGAGCUCGCCGUCGACGGAGACAAGCAGAUCAGACUGAAGGAAGCCUGCACCCUUCCCUGCCCAGGUGAAUGCUACCUGAUGGAGUGGUCAGACUGGAGCUCCUGUGUGAGCAUCUGCGUCAAAGGAGCAGGCGUGGACUUUGGUUCGGUCCAGGUUCGCUCACGAGCCGUGUUAGCCCAGGAGCCUGAAAACCUGCAGCUCUGUCCAGACCAGGCAUGGGAGUCUCAGCCCUGCACCGGGGGCGAGUGUUACGAGUACAAAUGGUUCAGCAGUGCUCAUCCAAACUCCACCCGCCCUUUAAUCUGGUGUCAGCGCUCAGAUGGACUCAACGUCACCGGAGGUUGUCCUCCUGUGAACCCCCCGAUGGACAACAGCUCCUGCGACCCUCCCUGUCUCAUGCCCAAGUCUUUCUGCAGCGAGGCUGGUAUCUGCAUGUGCGAUGAGGGCUUCACAGAGGUGCUGUCGCCCACUGGGCAGCUGGACCAGUGCACCCCCAUCCCAGUCCUGGAGAUCCCCACGGCGGGGGACAAGAAGGGCGAUGUGAAGACCAGUCGUGCCAUUAACCCCACCCUGCCCAGCACCAUCCAGCCCGGACGCACCGGACGGACCUGGUACCUGCAGCCCUAUGGACCAGAUGGGAAGCUGAAGAUGUGGGUGUAUGGUGUAGCAGCCGGAGCCUUUGUGCUCCUCAUAUUCAUAGUGUCUAUGAUAUACCUAGCUUGCAAAAAGCCAAAGAGACCUCAGAGACAGAGGCAACAAAACAACCGACUAAAACCUCUGACUCUCGCCUACGACGGGGACACAGACAUGUAGUCCCUCCAGGAGAUGCUUCACCGAGCACUUCACCUGUCAUAGAAAACCCACUUCAUCACGCCAUUACAGUGAAGGACAUGGAUGUUUGCAGCGUGAAUGGACACGUCACAGAGCGGAGAAAUGACAGGAAAUCCUCUUAGCAGAGACACUGGUGGGGUUUAACCAUUUCAAGUAGAGCUCCUUUCAGCCCCCUCUUUUUUUGUCUUUGUCUUUUUUAAUAUUUUCUUUUGCAAGAGCCUUCGUGACCUCCACCGUGUUCAAUGAAAUGCCUUUUUUUGCCCCCUACACAUCCACAUUUCUGUAAUUGUAAAAAAAAAAAAAAAAAAGACUUGUUUAAGACACAUGAUAGACUGGGUGCAGAAGACAGACCCAGCUCUCUCCUGCUGUCUCUGAACAUGGCAGCACAAGCUCCAAACUCUUCCCCCGCGCUUUUUCUGCUUGUCCCUAAAAAUGCUGAGUAGCUGGAGGCUUAGGAUGCUCUGACGGUUCGUACGUUGCCAAAAGUCACCGCAGGGAAGAGGAGGAGGAGGAGGGAGAGGGAAAAUCUCCAUAAAAAGGUUUGGAUUCCUUUUUCUCAAUCCUCAACUGGGUUCUGACUCAAAUCUCUUUUACAGUCUCGAACAAAAGGGAGGCAUUUCUUCUCUUCUUUCUUUUUCUUUUUCCCCUUUUUUCUUCUUUUUUUUGCUUGAUUCAGAGGCACACAGGCCUGUGUUUGUGGAUAAACUGAUCUGUAUGAUGCUGAUGGAGGAGUAGCCUGCAAUCAGUUGUUCAUGGAAACUACUGCCUGCCUGCCUCCAACUCUUGCUUUGUUUCAGGCACUACAUUGCACUAUAUUAGUGCAGCAUGAUAUGCACAUGUGACUUCUACCUUCUAUUGCCAUAAAACACUGCCUCUUCCACAGACGAAAAACCAUAUGAGCAGAGGAACAGCUAAGGCCAACAGGAGAACAUUCAAUGGAAAACAACGGCAACAGGAAAAGAUGUUUAGGUGUGUCACAUUCUACAGAACAGGUGUGGAUCUCAAGUAAAUAUAUGUAUAGAUUUUAUUUCUCACAACAAUUUUUUUUUUGGUUGUAGUAAAAGUUUUGUGGUUUGUAGAUUUCGUCUGGUGUUAUCACUGUAUUUCUGCCCAGAUGCAAUUAAAGAUUUAACUACAGUAUCGGCAGGUGAUUUCUUUUAAUGAAUCACCUGCUUUAAAGUUUCUUUUUCAGCCAUAAAAAGUAUGGUUUAAUUACAAAUCUUUACUUUUUUUACCUACAGGAGUUCAUUGUGGAAAAGCCGAUAUUUUGCAGUGAUUAAAGAAAAAGAAAGACCAAUAAGUUUAAACCAUUUACGUCAUGCAAACAUCAUUUCUGCCUUACUGACAGUAGCUAAAUACUAACCGUUUUUAAUACUUGAAUGGGGCAUACAGCAUUCAUUAUACACUGCAAUACAAACAGUAUAGACCUAAAGAAAGAUUACAUUUGCUUUUCCUUUGAGGAGUUUUUAAAACUUUUUCAUGUAGUAACCGUAUCAUAGAUCCUCUAUUGUUUUUCAGCCAUACUACAUGAGGUGAAAUAUGACAUUAAAAAAAUAUCUGUACAAACAAAAAGUAUACAACAUGUUAAUAAUAAGAGAACACGCUUCUGCUGAGUUCAACGUAAAAGCAAAACUGGUGUGGAGAAUGUUUACCUUUUUUGUUGUGGGAUUUGUAAAUAACAGCGAUUUUUUUAUUUUUUGGAGAAAAAAAAUCAAAGUAUGUGUACAUUUAUUUUGUAUUGCACAGAAAAUGUUUAGUUUGACUAUUGCGAAGUGGGUGUAUGAUAUUGCUGAUUGUUGUUAUCAUGAUGCAAGUUGUAUGUUGUGAAAAAAAAACAAGGGAAAGAAAAAAAGACGCAGAAAAACGACAAAGUCUCAGCUGUUUUGUACAGGUUGUUUAUAUGUAUGGGAAGAAUUACUGAAAAUAAAUGAGGACACAGUUGUAAACACACAAAGGUAACGUUA